AUGGCUACUCGUACAAUCAACACACGAUCGCAAACACAAAAGCUAGCCUCUCACGAGACCGUGGUCGUCCAGAUCGAGUGUGUCGUCUGCACAGAGACGAAAGACUUACUUCGUUUUCCUUUGUCAAAACUCUCCACCGACUGUCAACACGCAAUGCACGUCUGCGUCCAAUGUGUCCGUUUGAGCAUCACGGCGGAUAUCAAAAACAAGCACUGGCAAGACAUCAAUUGUCCGGUUUGCAACAGCCGUCUCGAUGCGGCUGUUAUCCAACGUUACGCCAGCCCUGAGAUACGGGCGAAGUAUGAAAGUCUUUUGACUAGACACAUGCUGGAAAGCCAAGAAGGCUUCAGGUGGUGUACAGAGCCGGGCUGUGACAGCGGCCACAUCCACGAGGGUGGGAGGGAUCAGCCCAUCAUGAAGUGUCCCAAGGGACACUUGUCGUGCUACGUCCACAAAGUACCAUGGCACAAGGGCAUGAGCUGCGACGAGUUCGACAUCGUGAGGAUGGACCCGGACAGCCCGGCUUAUAAACAACACCUUCGUCAAGAGGAAGAGAACAAGCAAAGCGAGAAGAUAAUUGCUCUUACGUCGAAGCCUUGCCCUUCGUGUGGGCGAAACAUCGAGAAAAAUGGCGGAUGGUAA